AUGACAGAGGGGGCAAUCUAUUGGAAAAGACAGGAUGAAAUGGGAUUAAUUGAAAAAAUAGAAAGAUUUGCCUUGGAGAGGCAGAAGAGGAGGAGUUUAUGGUUUAGAAAUGAACCACUGCAGGGAGGCAGAGCGGGUGCCAAAAUAAAAACCAGGACUAUGGGGGAAAAAACCCUGGACGUCGAAGUGGCAACCGAAGUCCCAGCCCCUAGUCUUGGGUGCCGAGACCAGUCCCACGACCGACCUGGCUAUGUCAGAUCCUGGUUUAACAUGGUAUUUAAGACGCUAAGAUCCUUUUCACACUCUGGACCAAGACUCAGAAGAAAGGUAGUCUCUCUCUAUGAAAGCUCUGUUAUCAAAUCCUUAAAAGAAUGCUUUUCCCCAGCCAUUAUGGAAAAGAUUAUUUUCCUUAAUUUUUGGAAAGCUCCAUUUCUAGUGGAUUCAAAGAAACCAGAAUCUUGGAUUCCACACACUGUUAAUUUUUAUAUUAAACCUGAAAAUGGAAUAUCUUUGGAUGUCUGGCAUAUUGUCCCAAAAAGCAGGGGAAAAGAAGCUAAAGGGAAGGACCGAAGCUGAUACAAGGUAGCUCUUCAAGAUGGCAACCCAAUUAUAGUUUAUCUCCAUGGUAGUGCAGAAAACAGGCCAGUAUCCUGCCCUAAAAUAGCAUUAAAAAAUAAUUUCAACUCUGAGAAAAUUGCAACAAAUGCUGCAAAAACAUUGGAAGAAAGAGGAUUCCUAGUGGAUGCAAUGGUCCUAGAAGCUCCAUUUACCAACAUUCAUGAUGCAUCUAUCAACUAUUCCUUAUUAAAGGUGUACCAUAAAUUUCCAGGAUUUGUACGUUUGUUUCUGGAUGCAUUGACAGUAGACGAAAUUGUCUUUCCUAAUGAUGAAAAGUAA